ACCUAUUUUAUUGACACAGACUGUGGGCGUCCACAAUCCUACUCUAACACAACACGAUACGAGUGGCGUCCUGUCGUCCCCUGCUGUCGAUUCAUGAGAAUGGAACUCCCAGAGCUUGAACUCACCAACAGCCAACAAAGCUCAUCUCGCAGUAACAUCGCACGCAGACAUGUAAAGAAAGAAAUUCACCGCUGCUUACUGUGUGGGAUGAAUUUCAGUCGCAAGGGAAAUCUUCAGCAACAUCAGCACAUUCACACAGGAGAGAAGCCACAUCAUUGCUCUGACUGUGGAAUGAGAUUCAGUCAGAAAAAUACACUCCAACGACACCAGCGUAUUCACACAGGUGAAAAGCCAUAUUUCUGCUCAGACUGUGGGAUGAGUUUCAGCCAGAAAAGUAAUCUCUACCAACACCAGCGUAUUCACAAGGAAGAGAAGCCAUACCGCUGCUCCGAAUGCGGGAUGAGUUUCAGUCAGAAGUGUAAUCUCAUACCUCACCAGCGCACUCACACAGGAGAGAAACCAUUUCAGUGUUCAGCAUGUGGGAUGAGUUUUAGUCAGAGGAGAGCUCUCCAACAGCACCAGCGCAUUCACACAGGAGACAAGCCAUAUCACUGCUCAGACUGUGGGAAGAGUUUCAGUUGGAAGAGCAAUCUCCUACGACACCAGCGCAUUCACACAGGAGUGAAGCCAUAUUACUGUUCAGAGUGCGGGAUGAGCUUCAGUCACAAGAGUACUCUACAACAGCACCAGCACGUUCACACAGGAGUGAAACCGUUUCACUGUUCAGACUGUGGGAUGCGUUUCAGCUGGAAGAAUAAUCUCUAUCGACACCAGCGCAGUCACACAGGAGUGAAGGCAUAAUUCUGCUCAGCUUGCUGAAAGAGUUUUAUUAGGCACCGAAAGGUUUCAAUACGAAGCAUAUCAAUAGAUCUAAGAAUGAGGACAUGCUGCAGUUAAAUUAUUCUAGCUUAAGCUUAAAUGAUCCCUUUUAUCUGUGCCAUUUCGUUAUCUAUAUUUAUAUUUUAUUGACAAAAUCCUCGUCUUGUGUUUUCAUACUGUACUUAUCUCUCUAAAUGAUUUUUUUCUCCCUGACAUAGUGACCUAUCAUGAAGAGAAAAGACGCUAUUCCAUCCAGAUAAGUGCUACUGUAUGUGACUGAUUUUUAUUUUUAUUUUCUUUUAUUUAGUUACUGAAUUGGAAACAGUCAAGAUGUGUACUCUUUAUAAUAUAAAACCAUUUUGAACCAGUUAGUCACAGUUUCUGUUAAAUACAGUUCUGCACAGUUUUUGCUCAAUCGUGCCCAGAGCAAUACAUCCUGUUCUUCUCUUCUUUCUCUCGUGAUAAGGAGUUGUCUUUCCCUAACUUUGUGCUGACCAUUAGAUUAGAUAAAAUCGCUCCUGUCCCUGGCAAAUUAAAACCCUCUACAAACUUGUACAACUUAACAACUUGGCACCACUUGCAUACCAAGUUCUGUAUAUAUGCUCAUACAUGUGAAUAAACUUUGAGAAAACUUGACAAAUAAA